UUGAAUAACGUAAACACAACACAACGCAAUUAUAUCGUCGAAAUUUUACCUGGUUUUCACCUGGCGCGUCGCGCAUCUAAACCACCUUAAUUAGCACCCAAAUUGCAGCGGAAAUAAUGCUUAAACUAAAUCGUAUCGAAUUCGCCGAGAUACUUUGGGAUUUCGGGUCGACAAGUGCAACUGCGUGUCAAGUGGAAAUCCGCUGAAGGGGGUGGCGGGCAGUAGCACCAGCAGCAGCGGCAGCAGAGACAAGACCAAAAACAAAAACAAGUGACGAUUGAAAGGUGCGAGAAACUCACCUGCCCCCCGUGCGUCCGAUUACUGAUGACGUGGAUGGCGAAGGACACAGGAUAUAUACAUUAUUUUUCGCAGCAACUGCACAACUGCACAUGCAUGUGCAUGCAUACACAUACACUCACUCCCGCACACACGCACACACUCACACAUGUGCAAGCACAUGCAGAAAACCAGUUGUUUGUCGUUUUGCUUUUGUUGUUGUUGCAAAUAAGAAGUGCAAGUGAAGCGCAGCAGCAAAAAUCCUGCUCUUAAGUACAAACGAAAAAGGCGAAAAAAAAUAUAAGCAAAAAGGGCCGAAGGUGCGCGACAACGACAAAAAGUUGUUUGUCAACUUGUUGCCAAUGUUGCAGCCACAAAGUGGCUGGCUGUACAAACGGCAGCAGCAGCAGCACCACCACCAACAGCCAAUCGCCAGUGGCCAUUGUGCAUCCAACAAAUCCAGGCGAAAGGCCAGCAGCAGCAGCAGGAUAAUAACGAGCUCGUUAUCGGGCUAGGAACAGGUGGAAAAAAGGCAUUUAGGCUAGUAACAGGUGGCAAAUCUAAGCAGGAUUCCCAAGAGUUACUCGGAUUAUAUAUUUAAAGAAAAUCUCAUAAAGAGGCUAAAAACAGGACGAAAAGAUAAGCAAGGCUUUUAAGCUACAUAUUUGGAUACACAAAAAAGGCCGAUUACGGAUAAAAGAAAAGAGUCAAGAAAAAAGAUAUCAGGCUUACAAUUUAUCACAAUAAAACGAGGAAAGCAUUUACGGAAUAUCAUAGAAAUUCGCACAAGUAAAAGCAUUUGAAGCUUGACACUUCAGUUCAAAUCUACUCGGAAGGAUCUUAAGCGCACUAACAAAUACCGGCUUUAGUAUAUCACCGUCCCCCAUAAGAACCAUGUCGACGAUUACUAGAAGUGCCAGUGCGAGUCCCAUGGCUCUAAAUGGCAUUAUCGAUGCCAGCUUGUUCCCGCUAAAGUCCACCUCCGAUGUGGUCAAUCUCUUUCGGCGUGCUUUAACCUCCGGAAUCGAGCCUGAUCUAACGCUACUCUCCAUUGUGGUUGGCUACAUUGAGUUAUCGCUGACAACGGGAGAGGCUGCUGCACAGGCCGCUCAGGCGGCAGCCGCCGCCGCCGCUACUGCGGCAGCAGGUGACAUCAGUCAGUCGGCGACAGGUGGAAAUGAUGUCAUCAUGGGCAACAGCGUUCCCUUUCCGGUAGUGACACACGAACUGAUCGCCGGACUAUAUAAGAAGUUCCAAACUAUACUGUCCGUGGUUGAAAAACCAAAGCCACAUCGCCAGGCCACCCGCGAGGUAAUUAAGAAGGUAUCGGACGUGAUCUGGAACUCGCUGAUCCGGAGCAGCUACAAGGAUCGGGCCCACCUGCAGAACCUCUACAGCUACCUGUCCGGCAACAAAUUGGAUUGCUUUGGCGUUGCCCUGGCUGUAGUCGCGGGUUGCCAGUUGCUUGGCUAUAAGGAUGUGCGCCUGGCCAUUUCGGAGGAUCACGCCUGGGUAGUGUUCGGCCAGAAGCGAGUGGAGACCAUCGAGGUGACGUGGCACGGCAAAGGAAGUGAGGAUAAGCGGGGUCAGGACAUACGACCCGGAAUCGAAUCUGGAUCAUGGCUCUACUUGGGCGGACUGGCGGUGAUCUGUGAACGAGGAAUGGAAGUGGCGGCUAUUUGUGCAGCUUUAAACAUUUCGCUGACCUCAAACAGUGACUGCGUGGAAGUGGCCGAGUUGCAGCAGCAGCUUCUGUGGUUGCUAUACGACCUGGGACAUCUCAAGCGCUAUCCCAUGGCCCUGGGUACACUCGGGGAGCUAGAGGAGAUUCAUCGCACCCAUCCGAGCAUCAGUUGUGAGCAGCUUUACCGCGAGGCAAUCGAUUCGGCGAGAACCCACUAUCGCAAUCACCACGUCUAUCCGUAUACCUACCAGGGAAACUACUACAAUCGAUUGCUAAAGUAUAGGGACGCCUUUGCCGCGUGGGCGAAUGCGGCGGAUGUGAUUCGUUUGUAUACGUACCAGUGCCGGGAUGACGAGGAAAUCUACAAGGAGUUGCUGGACAUUGCCAACGAGCUGAUACCGUAUGUAAUGAAAACCGAGAGUUCUGGCCACUCGGCAAGAAGUAUUCUGCGAGAUGCUGAAGUUUUUGCCAAUCUGCUGCGAUUCUACGAUGGCAUUUGUCAAUGGGAAGAGGACAGUUUAACGCCCAUCCUGCAUAUUGGUUGGGCUAAGCCGCUUGUGAAUAAUAUCACCAAGUUUGACUAUGACAUCAGGUCCCAGGUGGUUAUAAAGUUGCCCGAGGAUCUUGAAGCGGAACAGGCCAAGGCCGAACAAGAGGCUAAGGAGUCCAGGGAGGCAGCUGUGGGCUCUUCAGAGGCGACAGAGGGAAUUACCAAUAACAAUACGGUAGUUAAAAAGGAAGAGAAAACAAAGAACUCGGAGUUGCCCACAACUUUGGCCGAUCUAACAGCCGCAUGUGGCGAGAAGAUUCUUAAUCCUGACUUUCUGCUACAGGGUGGCGGCCAGCCCUUUGCCGAUCAGAAACAACAUCAACAACAAUCUUCUGGUGGAGGCGAUGUCGACGCAACAGAGUCCCACAACAACAAUAACAAUAUUAGCAAGAGCAAUAAUAACAAUCAUAAUACGGACAAAAAGGAGGCUACAAUAAACACAACAAGCAAUGGAAGUGGAAACUCUGUCCAGUUACCAGUUUCCAGCGACUCUCGCACCGCCCAACAUCAAGCUCAAGUGCAAGAUAAGCCGCCACAGCAUCGAGAAGCUAAACCCGAGGACAAAAGCGACGAUUAUGAUCCAUUCGAGAUAAUGCUCAAGAAACCCGUGAUCACAUUGUACAGCCAGAAGAUGAAAGGCCUGAAGGAUCUGUUGUUGGCCGAGAAGCUCAAUACACACGCCAUUUCGCUUCAAGUUACCGCCCAGUCUGUGGCCUCGAGAAAAGUUCGCGGAGUGGAGAAGCACUCGGCCACGAUUUCGGCCACAAUUACAGCAAUUUCUUCGAGUUCCGGCGGUGAUAGUCUUCUGAGUGGAGUUGGAGGCGCCAGUGGAGGAGGAGGGGUGAGUGGAGCAAGUGCCACUGGCAGAUCAUCAUCGCCAGGAGGUGAUUCUAUAGCCGCUUCACGUCCUAAACGAACGCGUCGCGAGUAAAUCUUGUUGUUGGGAUAAAUUCCUUAUUAAUCAUAGGGGUGGCUUGAUAUCAUUCGAUGUGAAAACAUACAGAAGCACAAAUUAGGCUUUUGACUAAAGAUUAAUUGAUGUUUUAAGAAUUUUUUAUUGUCGAAAACAACUCCAACCAAAAUUUUGAGUAGAUAUAGUCGAGAGAGUGAGUUAUCUAUUACUUUUCUUUGAAAAACUUAUUUAAAAUAUUGAAAAAAAUCAAGAAAUAAUCAAGUCACCCCAAAAAAGUAACCAAGUGUAUAUCUAUGUAAUGUAUAGAUAUAUAUCCUAUCCAUAUUUUUGAUGUUUGGUGUGUAUUUAUGUAGUUUGUAAGUCCAAAAAUGAACGUUAGAGAACGCCUAGCGUUUUAAAAAGAAAAGAAAACAAAAAAAAAGUAUAACAUGUCCCCACAAACACACACGAAAUAAUAAGUUAUGCUAAGUAUUUAUAAAACGUAUUUUUUAGAGCUGUUAUAUCUUUUCCUUUUUCGUAUUUAUUGCCACAACUAUGUAUGUUUUUUACCCUCCAACCUUUUUUUUUUAAAUUAUCGUUUAAGCGAAACUUUAUUGGUGCUCCCUCUUCGAAAACGAAAAACAGAGAGAAAUAAGAUCAGUCUCUGUUUUAGAUUAGAUUGGAAAUGAAAAGAUUUAAUCGAUAUGGAAAAUAGAAACUGAACUUGGUAUAUUUAUGUAUUUACUUUAAAGCAUUUUAUUGAGGCUAAGCUGUUUGAUUUAACUCUAUUUACACCUAUGUAUAUCCUGUAAUAUUUAAGAAAAUGCAAAAACUUUGUUACUACUUUUGACUUGAAGUUAAACAUACAAACAACAACCCGAAUGGUAAACAAAAGAAAUACAUAUUUAACACUUCCUCUA